AAGACUUCCGCACAAAGAAUAGGAUAGAAUCGAUGAAAGUGCGAUGCUUACCUUUCUGAAAAACAUGUGAAAUAAUAAGGACAAAGACUUUUACAUUGUAGUGUAUCUAAACACAAUAAAAUAAUUAUAUAUUUAUAAAAGGUAUACAAAACGUUAUUUUGAAAAUGGUACAAAUGAACAUUCAGUUAGUAUUGGUCAAGCUCAAGUUGAUAAUUUAUUACCUGAUGAUCGAUAUCGAACAAUUUUAACAUCAAAUUGUCAACAACAACAUACAAUGAUACGUGUUUAUUGUAAAGAAGGAGAAUCUGUUGGUGGUAUUGCUGUAAAAGAACAUCUUGAAAUCAACGUAGCACCACUUGUGAUUCAAAUGACACGACGAUUUUCUUCAAUGUUAAUGGCAUUCCUUUUUCCUAAUAAAGCUCAACAAAAUUCUGAUAUUCAACGAUCGAAUAAAUCAUCAGCUAAAGAUACAAUAUCAAAUUCUUUAAAACGUCGAAAAUCAAGCGAAGGAAUGAUACGCCGAUUCAGUCGUCGUUUAUCACAGGAUAUUCGUUGGGGUGAAGAAGAAUUAUUAGCUGGACGAUCAUUAUUCUACUUCAGUAUUCGAGAUCUUGAUGCAAUGGAAAAACGUGCUAAAAAUACAUUAACAUUUCAAUAUAUUAAAAUUCCUGAAGUAUCAUUAAUUGUUUCAUAUAAAAUACGAGGUACCAAAGAAAAAAAGAUUGGUGAUUUAGAAAAUGCACAUAUAUCAUUUCCAACACUUGAAUAUCGAAAUUUAACAUGUAGUUGGCAUGAUCUUGUUUUAGCAAUAAAAUCUGAUGUUAAAACAGUUUUACUUUCACAAGCUAUUCGACAAAAUAUUAAUUUAAGAUUACCAUUUAUUGGCCGAUCGACUCGUGCACAAAAUCAACAAUUAUUAGCAACAACAACAACAACACUUACAGGAGGAAAAGGAGUAUCAACAAGUAAUUCAGUUUUAUAUAAUUCGGAUACAAUGAAUAAUAACGAAAUAUCAAAUACAAGUGAACAAGAAGAAGAAGAACAAAAAAAUAAAAUGAAACUUGUUCUUGGAACCAAAAUAUCCAAAGAUCUUAUAACACAAUUCAAACGUCGAAAAGAUCCAUAA